AUGAAAUUUAUCUCACUAAAAUUCCAGAGAUUCCACGAGACCAUUCAACAAUCCCAAAACAUUGUAGAAGUGAUCCCCGAGACUCCCCGCUGCCAUGUGUGGGUCACUAAACCCCGCCCAAUCCCAUCCGUCGGUGGAUUCAAAUACCCGCAUCACUUCCCCGGAUCCCAUCCGCAACUCUGCCCGUGUCUCCGCGAAGCAGCUUCCCGCCUUGUCUGCAUCCACAUCUGGAUAGCCAUGACUGCUCCGCGUCAGAUGGCUCAUGGGGUUGACCCAGUCUUCAUGCCGGUUGAUUUGAACACAGGGACGGCGGACGGCCUGGCCCAGUCGAGCCAACACUCCGGUCCAAUGGAUCGGCCUCCGAACACCAGCCGCCCAGCUACCCACGGCAUAGCGGGAAAUCAAACAUUGGGUAUUCUCAAUCAUGAUGGUGAAGAUGGAAGCAGUCCACAACCUCGGAAGAAACGACCGCGACCGGAGAAUACGAGGACAGGCAAUGCGUAUCAGCGGAAAAGGGCGAUCACGGCUUGCAAGGCAUGUCGGGCUCGCAAGAUCAAAUGCAAUAAUGCUCGACCUUCUUGUGGAAGUUGCCUGGCCUCUAUGAGCCCUUGCGUAUACGAGGAUCGUCAAGAUUUAUCACCAUUCGACCCCGCCAGUAUCCUGAUUCUAGAUCGCCUGAAUCAGGUGCUCAAGAAGCUGGAGGAGCCCCCCAGAUGCCAAUCUGACGCCCACGCUAGAGCAGCGGUGCAGAGCCUUACCCCGGCCUCCCGCUUCUCAACUUCUCAGCACCAAGUAGAACCCACAGUCAACGGUGACGAGUAUGACGAACUGCAUAUACCCUCGGGGAAAACAACGCCAGAUGCUGUUCUCCAGUGGCCGAUAUUUGAUAGCAAGUACCCCCCGGAUCAUGUGCAUAUAAAAAACCCGAUUUUGGAAACAAAAAUGAUCUGGAAUUACGCGCAGCGCGUGGCAGAGGAUGGCGUGGGUUGGGACUGCUCAUCUUGCUUCGUGAUGCUCGUGUGUGCCCUAGGCUGUGUGGCGCAGCCGUAUCAUCCCGCUCCAACGCAUGUUGAGGAGCAGGUCCUUGCUUCCCUUCGAACGCUAGGGAGGACUGAAGUUACUUCGCUCAAACUCCAUGACAGGAGUCUCCAAGAUGGAGAGAAAUACUUCAAUCUUGCUCGAAGGCGCCUGGGUUCACUCUUUCUAGGAAUCCGAGCAGCGCAGUGCCACUUCCUCGCUGGCAUUUAUCUGAUGUACACCAUGCGCCCGUUGCAGGCUUGGCUCGAGUUUCACUCGGCCACAAGAGCAUACCAGGUCUACGUGCAGUGCCAAGCCCGCCGUGGAGCGCAUGCCGGCGCUCUUGCGCCGGAGAUGUCGAAGCGCCGGAAGCUGGAACAGAGGCUUUACUGGAGCUGCUACAAGUCCGAGUGUGAACUCCGAGUAGAGAUGGACAUACCCAAUAGCCUACUCGCGGAGUUUCACCACCCGGAUCUGUAUCCUUCCCCACCAGACUUGCCCAGUCCGAUUGAGACUACUGAAGCUAUCUCUCCACAGAACUUGGGAUCGCAAAGGGCUAACCAGACGCCGCAAUCUCUAGAAAUACAGCGUCAGCAGGAGCAAUCAUGGUUUUACUAUCUGACGGAGAUCACCUUCCGCCGUAUUGCUAACAGGGUGUUGAACGUUUUGUACAGGGAUGGCCCCAGUUCGUGGAACGAUGAAUCAAUGCCUUUCAUGGCGUCCAUGACGCGGGAGUUUGAACAACAGCUAGAGGACUGGAAGACACACUUACCCCCUCUUAUCCACUUCGACGAAACUUCAGUAGCAGCAGAGGAGCUCCCUUUCAUGGUCCACGGCAGAGCAACAGAGAUCCGAACGUGGAUAUAUCGUCCUUUCGUGUACUAUGCUAUUCAUAACCCAGCUGAUGCGCCAUGUCGCGAAUUAGUCCAACCUUUCGUUGAGAAGGGGCUCUUGUGCAGCAUUGAGACACUAGGGGACCACUUGGCUCUCCACCGGCAUCACGGGACCUGGUAUGCGCUCCGCAGUGAUGUAGCUGCAUCACUCUCCGUGAUAGGGGCUGUUCGGUGCGGAACCAUUCAGGUCCCGCCUAAGUGGAAGAAUGCAGUAGAGACGGGACUCGCAAGAAUGAAGUUCUGGGAGGGGGAAGUACCGGGUCUAUCACGGUCUAUUGAGUUGGUGGAGGAUCAUCUGACUCAGCUUUUGGACGCGCAGGGCGAACGGCCCUUGUUUGAUCUUCCACGAUGA